AUGUUCCGCAACAACUACGACAACGACUCGGUCACAUUCUCACCACAAGGCCGCAUCUUCCAGGUGGAAUAUGCACAGGAAGCGGUCAAGCAGGGUUCCGUCGUCGUCGGAAUCGUCAGCAAGACCCAUGCAGUACUCGCCGCAAUCAAGCGAAACGCCGAAGAACUCUCUUCCUACCAGAAGAAGAUCAUCACCAUCGAUUCGCACUUCGGUGUGGCCCUCGCCGGUCUCGCCUCAGACGCCCGUGUGCUCUCCAACUUCAUGAAGCAACAAUCACUGGCAUCCCGCCUCACAUACGACCGCGCGAUCCCCCUCUCUGAGAUUACCUCCCGCAUUGCCGACCGCGCCCAGACCAACACCCAACAGUACGGACGGAGACCCUACGGUGUGGGACUGUUGAUUGCCGGUGUCGACGCAAAGGGCCCGCAUCUGUUCGAGUUCCAGCCCAGCGGUGUUACACAGGAGAUGGUUGCAUGCGGUAUCGGUGCUAGGAGUCAAAUGGCGAGGACAUACCUUGAGAGGCAUCUGGACGACUUCGAGGGCGCUAGCAGGGAGGAGUUGAUCAAGCACGCACUGAGGGCGCUGAAGGAGUCGCUGUCACAGGACAAGGAGCUGACUGUCGACAACACCAGCGUCGGUAUCAGCGGUAUUGGCGAGGACUUUGUGCACCAUGAAGGCCAGGAUGUUGCGGAGUGGCUGGACGCUACCUUUGAGAACAGGGAAGGCGGCGACGAUACCGCCGAGGGCGGAGAGGCCAUGGAGUUGUAG